AUGGCGAAUCUUGAUUCCGCUCAUCUUCUUUCCGAGGCCGCAUUUGGCUGUGUGCUGACUGCCCCGCUCAUAGAACAUCUUGCCGCAAUCCUCAAGGAUGGUCAAACUGCUGGCCAGUUCAAGGACCAAUUCCGCAAGCUUGAUGACUUGCUGGCUCCGUACUCCAAGACCGAGACGGUUGCCGUUCAGACCAGUGGACUCCGAACUGUGGAAUCUUUGAAACCCAAGUACCACUGCUUGACUUGCUCCGAAGUCUGCUUGAACACCGAGCGAAAGGCUCACACCAAGACGACUAGACAUCGGUUUUACAUGGAAUCCCGCAGCCGAUUUGUUUUUUGUGAGGCUUGUGUGGAUUUUGUCUACGACCAUGGUCUGGAGAGACUGCGUGGCCCAUCUGGUAAGCUUGAGAGCAAUGACGGCAAUGGGAAGUUGGUUGAGGACUCGGCCUCCGAGGUCUAUGUCAAGAACAACGCGUACAGAAACCCCUGCUGCCGACGAGGUGCUCGGGGUGUGUGGAACAUGGGACAGACCUGCUACCAGUCCGUGAUCAUGCAAGCGCUGCUUCACGAGCCGACUCUCAACGCGUAUUUCCUGGCUGGGGGUCACGACGUUCACACCUGCCAGAACAGUUUCUGCAUUGCCUGCGCAGCUGCCGAUGUGUUCACGGAUUUCAACAGCGGUGAAAAGACCGAAGCCGUCUCUGCUGCGACUCUUCUCUACUACGGAUGGGAUGCGUCCAAGGAAAUGGCCGGCUACCGCCAGCAAGAUGCCCAUGAAUACUUCCAGUUUUUGGUCAAUGGACUGCACGCUUGCACCCCUGGUCAUGCCGAGACCUACGACACCAAGUGCAACUGCUUCUUCCACCAGACCUUCUACGGCGAGCUCCGCAGCAGCGUGAUGUGCCACAAGUGCGGCAAGACCACCAACACCUACGACCCGAUGGCCGACCUGAGCCUUGACGUCCAGCUGCAGAACAAGAAGCGCAAGCUCGGCCGCUCCACCUCGACCCUCUCCUCGACCCCGACCCUCACUGGCUGCCUCGACAGCUUCACUGCUGUCGAGGACCUUCACGCCGACGCCGCCUACCACUGCGAGAAGUGCGGCAACACCCCCCAGCGGGCAUCGAAGCGGCUGCAGAUCCGCAAGUUGCCCGUUGUCUUGUGCAUGCAGCUGAAGCGCUACGAGCACAACUCCGCGGCCUCCGAGAAGUUGGAGUGCCACAUUGACUUCCCCUUGACCCUGAACAUGCUACCCUACACCGUGAAGAAGGACAGGGAGCGCAUCGACAUGUCCAAAUACAUGUACGACUUGUCCACGGUCGUGGUGCACCAGGGCACCAUGGACACGGGGCAUUACUAUGCCUACACGCGCUUGGGGGGAGACAAGUGGGUUUUGAUGGAUGACAAUAAAGUCACCGUCGCCAGCGUCGCCGACGUCCUGCGCCAGGACGCGUACUUGCUGUUCUACAGCAUCCGGUCGGUCGACUCGCGGGGUGGUCUUUGA